GUAGGAGGAGGAGGAAGAGUUCCCCUGUGAGUGCCGGAGCCCUCAGCUCUACAUUCCGGCGGAGCUCUCAGCCACACACCGGCCGCACCGCACCGCACCGAGCACCGGCCGAAAGACUUGUUGUAUAAAGUCUCAGUAAAGUUGCUCCGCGCGUGUUUCUACAGUUUGUUGUUGUUGUUUAUUCGCUCUGGUUGUGGAAUGGUUUACGUUUCUUCUGAGAGCCGUCUGAACUGUGAGAGAAGGUGCUUUAUGUCCUCUUAUUAUUAAGGUACUAGCCUUAAACUAUCCCAACGCUGUAACUCCAGACCGUUGGUGCACCAUGGUGAUCAUGACAGAGAACAGCCGGGCGGCUCACUCCAGCGCUGCCCAGGGAAGGCCCCUGCAGGUCGGCUUCUAUGAGAUCAUCCGCACCCUGGGGAAGGGAAACUUUGCAGUGGUGAAACUGGCCAGACAUAAAGUUACAAAAACACAGGUGGCCAUUAAGAUCAUCGACAAGACAAGACUGAACCCCUCCAACCUUGAGAAAAUUUACAGAGAGGUGCAGAUUAUGAAGCUGCUAAACCACCCCCAUAUCAUCAAACUCUACCAGGUCAUGGAGACCAAAGACAUGCUGUAUAUUGUGACCGAAUAUGCAAAUAACGGAGAAAUGUUUGACUACCUGACCUCAAAUGGCCGUAUGAGUGAAGAUGAGGCACGAAAGAAGUUUUGGCAGAUUCUUACAGCCGUGGACUACUGCCACCGACACCACAUCGUUCACCGUGACCUAAAAACCGAGAACCUGUUGCUGGACGCCAACAUGAACAUCAAACUAGCUGACUUUGGAUUUGGAAACUUCUACAAUGCAGGGGAGCCUCUGUCUACAUGGUGUGGCAGCCCGCCUUAUGCUGCCCCUGAAGUGUUUGAAGGGAAAGAGUAUGAGGGGCCUCAGCUGGACAUUUGGAGCUUAGGUGUGGUACUUUAUGUUCUUGUCUGCGGCUCUCUUCCAUUUGAUGGACCCAGCCUUCCUGCACUCAGACAGAGAGUCACAGAGGGACGAUUCAGAAUCCCUUUCUUCAUGUCUCAAGACUGUGAAAACCUGAUCCGUAAGAUGCUGGUGGUGGACCCAGCCAGGAGGAUCAGCAUGGCCCAGAUCAAGCAGCACCGCUGGAUGCUGGCAGACCCGACAGCCGCCCACCAGACCCUCAGCCAUUCCAUGACAGAGUACAACUCCAACCUGGGGGACUACAGUGAACCAGUGCUGGGCAUCAUGAACACACUGGGCAUCGACCGCCAGAAGACUAUCGAGUCUCUACAGAGCAGCAGCUAUAAUCACUUCUCUGCUAUCUACUACCUUCUGCUGGAGAGAGUCAGAGAGCAUCGCAACCAGCAGCUGAGCCGCAAGUGUGGGACCUGGAGCCAGAGACCCAGGAGCACCUCCGACUCCAGCGGCCCAGAGGUGAUCAUGGAGUCCACCGACAGCUUUAGAUCCACAGCAUUUUCAAUUCCAGCCAAAAGCACUCCUCCAGUUUACCCGGAGAUGGAGUAUGACCAAGGUGGAUUGUUCCAGCGUGUGGUGUUUCCAGUGGAGGCCAGCCUGAACAGACUGCUCUGGAACCGCUCCAUUUCACCCAACAGCCUGCUGGAGACGAGCAUCAGCGAAGAGGUGCGGCCCAGAGACCUGGAGGAGGAGGAGGCAACACAAACUCUCGGGCCUCUGCUCCCUCCCACCACCACUUCCCGCAGACACACACUGGCUGAGGUGUCGGCCCGUUUCCACCAGUGCAACCCUCCAUGUAUUGUGGUCAGUCCCUCAGAUGCUGCCUCUUCUGACGGUUGUCUGAAAUCCUCAUCCAGUCCAGCCCCCACUUUGCAGGCUACUAUGGGUGACAUGUCAACACUUCUGGCCUCUGGGUUCGAAAGUGGAGCUCUGCUGCCUGCUGGAGCUACCCUGACCCUCUCCUCCCACCUCUUGCCCCAGGCCCAGGGCAGCCUGCCUGCCGCCAGCUUCCAGGAGGGUCGCAGAGCCUCCGACACCUCCCUCACACAAGGCCUCAAAGCUUUCCGUCAGCAGCUGAGGAAAAACACACGCACUAAAGGGCUUUUGGGAUUAAAUAAGAUCAAGGGUCUGACGAGGCAGGUUGUUCCUCCACCCUCUUGUAACCGCGGCAGCCGAGGGUCACAGGGUCCAGCUCUCUCCGAGCACCGCAGCAUGCUGGAGGAGGUGCUGCAUCAGCAAAGGAUGCUACAGAUCCAGCAUCUACCCCAGCCUCAGGUCCAAGCCACUCAGACAGGACCUACCCAGAAUCCCCUGCUCUUCCUGGCCCAGCAGCAGUCACCCUCUCCUCCACCUACUACAGUGUUCGCUUCCUCGUCCCUGUUCGCGACCCCCACCCCCUCUGCCCUGCCUCCUCAGCAAACUUCUGUGGGUUUACAGCACGUCCCCUGGAAACAAACCCUCGAGACCUCCUCAUCCUGCUACUCCUCAUCCUCCUCAUCCUGCUACUCUUCUUCUCUGUCCCCCGUGGCCUCCGCUGCUUACCUUCUCGAGGCUCGUCUGCACAUCAGCCAGCAAACCCACCCUCACCCCUACAUCGGCCUCCAACAGCAGCCCCAGUCUGCAACACAAGGCGCCUUCGCCAUCAUGUCUAAACCAGGAGUGUGGAGCCUGGGCUCGGCCUCCAGCACAGACCCUAACAUGCAGGAGUUGGGUCUGGCUGCACAGCAGCAGCGCAGUAGCUGUGUGAUGGUGAAGUAAAACAUCAGCCAUCAAGACCAGCGAUUGUUGGAAGAAAAAAUCUUCACUUGGUUUUGAGCCGAGAAGAAAAGAGAGCAGAAGUGAGGUGAAAGAACAAAAAGCAGAUGCAAACGACAAAUGUACACUUUAUUUAACAACAUGCGGUACACGUGUGAGAAUGUGUCCACACACGUAUGUUGUGUAUACUUUUGAUAUCAUAUAAGCUAAAGACUAAGCAAUAACCAAACUCUGGACAAGCCCGUAUCAGCCAGGCAGAGAAGCAAUAACAGACUGAAAGACUCUCAUUCAGCUCCCUGAUGGAUUCACUUGAAUGAAAUGAGAGCGGACGCUAGCCGAUACAAUUAUGUCUCACAUGUUUUGAUGCUGUCUAAGUUAACUUUUUGAUUUUGUUGAAUACGGGAAGGCUCUCUCUUCCCUAUUCUUUUUUUAGACACUCCUUGCGUCAUUUCCUGUUCUUGCUGUUUUUCACUUGACUGGACAGAAGACCAAAAUUCUCCCUUUUUUUCCAUUUCUCCCUCUUUUGUUCGCCUUUUUAAAAGAGACAUUUCUCUGUAGCAGUGCAAUGAACAUACAGUAUAGCGUCCUAAGCUUCACUGAAGGAGUUGAUUUGUAUUGAAACUGUGAUUAUUAUUUUUUUGUCUGUGCUAAGAUUAUUAUAGACUCGCAAAUGCUGCUUUUACCUCAAGCCGCAGAAAGACUGCUACAUCCUCAUCAGCCAAAACUGAAGGAAGAUGGUGUCUCGCUGAUUGAGUAAAGCACAAUAGGUACAUCAGUCAGCUCGGUAACACCUUACAUAUGUGGAUACGUGUUCCCUUUGUUCAAUAAGCACCUUCUUGUUAGAUGCUUUUACUACCUCCACAGGCAAAAAUGUGGAAACCUGUUAAAAAAAAUUCCCCUAACAAAAUCGAUCCCAGAAUAUCGGAGGAAAGACGAUUUUCAUAUGGACAGAACAAAGACUGUGGGAACAGUGCAAUAUUUCACAUUGAAAUACAAAGGAAGGAUGAGGCUCUACAUAGGAUGGUCAAAAUGUACAUUUGCCUGAGGUUUUUGUGUUUUCAUUUGUCUUUGCUGGGCUAGCUAGCUGUCUAGAACUGGUACUAGUUAUGUAACAUAACAACACAAUACUGUAGAAAUUGAUAGAAAUACUCAAGGCAUUUCAAAAUGCUGUUUCUUCACACAGCAUGCUUGUUGUUCUCUAACUGAAAGGAAGCAUUUGGGUUUUACCAAAGAGCGAACAGCACAAGAGAUGGGUGAUCUAUCACAGACACACUACUGACUUUUCACUUUGAAUGCUGUCUCAAAAUGUGGCAUGGUGGUUAGCGAGCAUAUUUCACAUGAUCUCCUUAGCUUUGGCUUUGAGAAAACUCCCGCUGCCAUCAAAUCCUAAUGCUACACAUGUUGUUAAUAUAUCUAGCUUUUACUAUCAGGACCAUGGUGGUAUUCAUUUUUGUACUUUUCUAGAAAAGAUGAAGAAAAAAGAAAAAAAAAUCAGAACAUAGCAAUACCAUGUUGUGCUGGAAGUUGUCCAUAAGUGGCUAGAAAUAAGUAGAAACGAUCUGCAACAAGCUGAUUGGAUUGUGCAGUCAAGUUCAGAUGACAUAUUAGAAAGCUGCAAGAGAUGUGUGAUAUUGUAAGCUUAGUUAGCUCUCUCAUAUCUCUAUAUGUUGAAGUGCAGUGUUUUUCCAAACCCAGUUCUGCUUUGGAAACACGCAGUGUUGAUAUUUCUAUCCAACAGUUUUUGGUUGAUUACACUCACUACCAACACUUGUGCCUUUGAACAAACCCACGAUCAGAGGUCUCACUACACCGAAGAAAGAAAGGAAGAUGAAUGGCUCCGUUAAUGGCCGUUUAAAUGUCUUCUCUGACCUCUCUCUCUUCUCUGAAUCUGACCUUUGAACUUGCUGUGCAAACAGAAGCAAGAAUUGCACUUUAUUCAUAUUUGUUUUCUUUGUCAUGGUGAAAAAACUUCACAGAACUAUUGAAACACUAAGAGACUCUUGAUGCAAAUCUGUAAGAUGACCCUUUUUGAUAAACUUUGGAUAAUACGAA